UUAGAGGUGCGACUGCUACCAAAAUUUAUGGAUGUUCUACUUUUUAAAAUCCGUAUAAAUGGUAUAUUGAUCUUCAGUUUUGCCAUUAUUAAAGUGGUGCACGAAUGAGCGGUAUGGCGUACAAGAUAUCAUUACUCUGUUUAUUGAUAACAGCAGCCAGAGCAGGCGAUGUUCCAUCAUUUCAAGUACCAGUUAACUCCAAUCAACCAACCAACAUACAAAUUACAGUAACGGCGAUUCCUGCGGCUCCAACUGCAAAUUCUCUGCAAGGAAUUCGCUACACAACAGCAUUCGAACAUCAACAACAGUACAAUCCCAAUGCGCUGGCUUACGCUCCACCUCAAUUCCAAUUUUCUCCGAUACAGUUCAAUUCGAUAGCGGAAGCGCCUGCUCAAGCACAACCAGCUUUCCACAUCAGAGCGAUACCGAUACAGUUCGCACCUCAUCCGGUACACUUAGCCGAUAAAGCAGCUCCACCAGCUCCUCUACAACUUUUAGCGAAGCAACCCGCUCCUAUUCAAACCCCUUUUCAAAUAGUGGCUAAAGAAGCCGAGUACAAUCCAUCGGUCCAAGUUGAAGCUAACCCCGUUCAAGCAUCCCCGCUUCAAUUCCAGCUUCGACCGCUGCAAGUGCAGUACGCUCCUGCGGAGCAACCGGCGGCUCCGGUAGCAGUAAAUCAACAUGUCCAAGAUGAAGCUAAAUCUCCUCUUCAAUUUCUUCUUCGACCGCUGCAAGUGCAGUACGCUCCUCCGGAGCAACCGGCGGCUCCGCUAGCAGUAAAUCAACAGGUCCAAGUCGAAGCAAAAUCUCCUCUUCAAUUUCAGCUUCGACCGCUGCAAGUGCAGUACGCUGCUGCGGCGCCACCGGUAGCUCCUGUAGCAGUACAACCUGCGGCGGUAGUGAAGAAAGUGAAGUACGUUAAGAAAGAAGAGUACGACGCGAAUCCUCAAUACGAAUACGGGUACGAUAUAGAUGAUGCCCAAACGGGGGACAGCAAGAGCCAGAACGAGCAAAGGCAGGGGAAUUUCGUGCAAGGGAGUUAUUCGGUGGUAGAUCCUGAUGGGCACAAACGCACUGUGGAGUAUACGGCUGAUCCGAUUAAUGGAUUUAGUGCUGUUGUACGAAGGGAGCCUGUGCAAGCUAAGGCUUUACACAGGAAUGUUGGUGUUUCUCGAAAUUAUAAUCAGUAGAUGAAAAUUGUGUGGUUACCUGAUUAGGUAGAUGAAAGUGUUAGCGUAUGUAUGUUUUUCUUGAAUUAUUUACGAGAAGGUGUGAAUAACAA